AACAUCUAUCUCAAAUCUGCUGCGCGUGUCUUCUGAUUCUUAUAAUUCACUUUUCCUCUUACUUGCGGUAACAUUCUUUCAAGCCAGCUUGUGAAAAGUUACUCAAUGUGGUUGUUUCAGAUGAAUGUAAGGACGAAGGUCCCUCUUCAGCUAGUGUCUACGAAUAUGUGUCAUUAAGUGAAUAACUAGGAAGUUGACUUCUUUCUAGUCGAAGGAAAACUGGUGUGAAGUAGUUACCUUAAGCUACACCGUCUUAUUUUUUUGUCAGAAUGGAUCCAAAUGAAGAAAACUCGUGGAACGAGGAAGACGAAGACGAAGCUGAAGUUGAAAGGCCUAUGAAAAAAGGAAAAGAUAAGAAAGGAAAUGUUUUACCAGUUUGGGGUAGUGACCGAACUAUGAAUAUGAACCCACUUAUCCUUACCAAUAUUCAAUCAUCUCACUAUUUUAAAGUAAACUUGUACGAGCUCAAAACAUAUCACGAAGUAAUUGAUGAAAUAUACUACAAAGUCCAACAUUUAGAGCCUUGGGAAAAGGGUAGCCGCAAGACUGCAGGGCAAACGGGCAUGUGUGGUGGUGUCCGAGGGGUAGGUGCUGGAGGCAUUGUGUCGACUGCAUACUGCUUACUCUACAAACUGUUCACCUUAAAGUUAACAAGAAAGCAGGUAAAUGGCUUAAUCACCCAUACUGAUUCGCCUUAUAUCCGUGGUCUGGGUUUUAUGUACAUCAGGUAUACUCAACCUCCAGCUGAUUUAUGGGAUUGGUACGAUGAAUAUCUUGAGGAUGAAGAGGAACUUGAUGUAAAAGCUGGAGGAGGACAGACUAUGACCAUUGGAAAUAUGCUUAAACUCUUUUUAACUAAGCUAGAAUGGUUUUCUACCUUAUUUCCACGAAUUCCUGUACCUAUCCAGCAAAAAUUGGAGAGAAUGAUGGCUGAGCGCUUCCCUAACAAUGUACCUGUCAGACCGCCACCGCGGCAAAUGGGUGGGCCUUCCCGACCUGUCGUCGACCGAGAUGAAGAUGGCUUCGGCGAAGCUGAAAAAUACUCAAAACAUCAAAGCAGAGAUUCACCGAAUGGGGGACCCCCAUUUAGCGAUGGGAGCUCGUUCCUGAGGGAUAGCUACCGUGACAGGGAUGUGAGGCCCCACCGUGACCGGGAUGGCAGAGACAAGGAUGUCAGAGACAGGGACCGGAAUAGAGACCGCGACAGAGACCGUGAACGGGAUCGAGACAGGGACCGGGAUCGUCAUUCUUUCAAAGAAGAUCGAUACAGGAGUCAUGGCCACAGUCGGGAUCGAAGCAGAAGUCGGGAGCGGGAUCGGGGAAGAGACCGGGACCGUGACCGUCAUGGAAGAGACAAGUACAGAGACCACCACAAUAGCUCGAAAGAUCGGCACAGGUCAUCUAACUACAGAUGAAGCCAGAGCAUGUAUAUUUGUUAAUUUGUUCAUACUGUGUAUGCAGCUGGGGUAACUUUUUUUUUUGUUAGAAAAGUAGAAAAAGUUUUGUCACCUUAAAUUGUUUGAAAUGAGGCCUUUGUUUUAUAAAGAUAUUUUUUUUAGGCAAGUAAACUAAUGUUAAAGCUGGUCUAAUAUAUUUUUAUCUUUAUCUCGCAUACCUAUUUUUCAUUAUUGCUCUUUCUCUAGAAAUGUUAUAGUAGUACCCACAUGUCAUUGAUACAAUUAGUCCUGUCUCAUUUGUCUUGUCAGACAGUCUGUAAGUUACGGUGCUCAUCCACAUUCAUUUCCCUUUAAACCAUUAUUUUCUACAAAUCUCAUUAAUUGAUAAUGUUGUGACUUGUUUUAAACAUUAGUGAGCCUCCAAAAACAAUUCAAGUGUUAUUUUUAUUCUGUAUUUUGCGCUUAAAGGCCAAAGUAAAUAAACUUUUCUAGACUGAA